ACCGGCUGUAGCUCGAGCGAGUGGAGUCGUGUUCGUGUAAAGACUGAUCAUGGCGCUCGGUUCUCCUCAGCACGAGCAUCCAUUUGGACAUUUGAUCGACACACUUCGGGGGGAACAAUAUGAAGAGCGAAGAUUUUUCAACCCACAGAUGCUUGAUGAUGUCAGAUAUGAAAAACUCCCAUUCUGUAUGCGGGUUCUGCUGGAGGCUGCGAUCCGAAAGUGUGAUGGUUUUUAUGUGAAGAAAGAAGAUGUCUCCAGUAUUCUGGACUGGCAGAAGCAGCAGAACCAAGCCGAGGUUCCGUUCUUACCUGCGAGGGUUCUGCUGCAGGAUUUCACGGGUAUACCUGCUAUGGUGGAUCUGGCCGCCAUGAGGGAUGCUUUAGCUAAACAAGGGGUCGAUCCGAGCCUUGUAAACCCCAAAUGCCCUACGGACCUCAUCGUCGAUCACUCACUGCAGAUCGACUACAGCAAAUGUGCCAUCCAGAGCCCUCCCACCCCCGUGGACGACAGUCAUGGGUCUGCUGCCAAAUCUCCCCCAGGUCGGCCUCGUGGGGGUAGCAGCAGCAGUCAGUGUGGGGGUCAAGGGCGCGGUUGUAGUAAAGCAGCAUGCUCAGACGCCCCCAGUGGCCGAACCCCAGCCGUACAGAUAGAGAACACACCACUGCUGUGCCCCUUCCACCUGCAGCCUGUAUCAGAGCCUGAGACGAUGCUUAAGAACCAAGAAAUAGAGCUGAACAGAAAUAAAGAGAGACUGCAGUUCUUUAAGUGGUGUUCAAAAGCCUUUAAAAAUGUCAACGUGGUUCCUCCAGACAUCGGUGCCGUGCAUCAGGUGAACUUGGAGUACCUGUGUCGGGUGGUACAGGAGGGGGAGGGGUUUAUUUAUCCAGACAGCGUAGUGGGAACAGACUCUCACACCACCAUGAUCAACGGUCUCGGCAUUCUGGGCUGGGGAGUUGGAGGAAUUGAAUCAGAGGCAGUCAUGUUAGGUCAACCAGUGACUUUGACUUUACCCGAAGUUGUGGGCUGUAAACUUGUGGGAUCUAUAAAUCCCCUCACCACAUCCAUCGACGUUGUCCUGGGAAUCACAAAGCACUUGCGUCAAGCUGGAAUUGGUGGGAAGUUUGUGGAGUUCUUUGGGGCCGGUGUGUCACAGCUCUCAGCUCCUGACCGGAACACGAUUGCUAACAUGUGCCCGGAAUACAAUGCCACCGUGAGCUUCUUUCCUGUGGAUGACAUCACCCUGCAGCACUUUAAACAUACCAUCUGCAGUGAGGAAAAGCUUGCUCUUUUAGGAGACUAUCUAAAGGCUGUGAAACUCUUUAGAAGCUACGAUGACCAAUCAGAAGAGCCGCAGUAUUCUAAGGUCAUUGAGAUGAACCUGAGUUCCAUUGUGCCUCACGUCAGCGGACCCAAACGGCCGCAGGACAGAGUGGCCGUGUCCUGCAUGAAGGAAGACUUCAUAAACUGCCUGAACGAGAAGGUGGGUUUUAAGGGCUUCCACAUAUCCAAAGACAAGCAGGGAAUCCAAAUCCCGUUCCUGCACGAGGGGGCGGAGUACAAUCUCGCGCACGGCUCCUUGGUCAUCGCUGCCAUCAUCAGCUGCACCAAUAACUGCAAUCCGUCCGUCAUGCUUGCCGCAGGUCUGCUGGCAAAGAAAGCGGUUGAGGCCGGUCUGUCAGUCAAACCGUAUAUCAGGACGAGUCUGGUGCCUGGAAGUGGAACCGUCACACAUUACCUGAACACAAGCGGAGUCCUGCCCUCCCUCAGGAAACUUGGGUUCGAGGUGGUUGGUUAUGGAUGUGCCACGUGUGUGGGUAACACAGCACCUUUACCUGAAAGUGUGGUAGAUGCCAUCAAGCAGGGGGAUUUGGUGGCGUGUGGCGUGCUUUCUGGAAACAGGCAUUUAGAAGGACGCCUGUGCGACUGCGUACGGGCAAAUUAUUUGGCCUCGCCCCCGCUGGUGGUCGCGUACGCAAUCGCAGGUACAGUCAGCAUUAACCUGGAGAAAGAACCGCUGGGUGUGAACUCGGAGGGAAAUGAGGUGUUUCUGAGGGAUAUCUGGCCAUCUAAGGAGGAAGUGCAACACACGGAGGAGAACGUCGUCAUCGCCUCCAUGUUCAAAGAGCUGAGAAGCCGGGUGGAGAAAGGAAAUGCGUUCUGGAACAGUUUAGAGUCGGCCAAAUCUUCCCUCUUUCCGUGGGAUCCCAAAUCCACCUACCUCCGCUGUCCGUCCUUCUUCGGCAAACUGUCUAAAGAAGUAAACGCUCCUCAAUCCAUUGACGGUGCUCACGCCCUGCUCUUUUUGGGUGAUAAAGUAACAACUGAUCACAUCUCUCCAGCUGGCAGCAUUGCUAGAGUCAGCGCUGCCGCCAAAUACCUUCAGAGCAAACGUUUGACCCCUCGUGAGUUUAAUUCCUACGGCGCACGGAGAGGAAACGAUGCCGUCAUGACUCGAGGAACCUUCGCCAGCAUAAAGCUUCAAAACCGCCUCAUCGGGAAGACCGGACCCAAAACACUGCACAUUCCAACAGGACAGACAAUGGAUGUGUUUGAAGCUGCUGAGCGCUAUCAGAGAGACGGAGUUCCCGUCAUCAUCCUGGCAGGAAAAGAGUACGGCUCUGGUAGCUCACGUGACUGGGCUGCUAAAGGACCUUAUUUACUGGGUGUGCGCGCUGUGAUUGCGGAGAGCUUUCAGAAGAUGCACAAGAAUCAUCUGGUGGGAAUGGGCAUCGCUCCGCUGCAGUUCCUGCCGGGAGAAAACGCAGACUCGCUGGAACUGUGUGGAAAAGAGCGAUUCACCAUCAGCUUCCAUGAGGAGCUCACGCCAGGACAGCAGAUCACAGUACAGACGAGCACUGGCAAGAGUUUCAGCGUGGUUUCUCUGUUUGAGAACGAGAUGGACGUUGAGUUUUUCCGACACGGGGGCAUCCUGAAGUACGUGGCUCGAUCCCUGUUGCCAUAACGUGAGAAAUUAGAAAUACACCAUGGACCUUGGGUUAGCACAGCGCCACUUAGAGGCCUUCAGGAGGUGUUUGAACUCUGUAAGCUGUGCCUCCGGUUCGCCAAAUCCUCCAUUCCAGGAGGACCUCCUCCUUUAGCACUUAAAAACAAAUGUCCAGCGUUUUUCUCCAAAGCUGUGUUUUCACAGUCACUGAUCUGAGAAGAGGCUUUGUUUCUCCCUUACGGUGCUGAUUUUGACACAAGCACAUUAAAAGUGAAAGUGCUCAUGUAUACAGCGACGUCCAGGCAUACUGUUAUUUACCAUUGCUCUUCUUUAUGAAGGCUCAUCUUACCAUCACAAAGAAAAAGCACUGGUUUUGAUCCGAUCCAGUGAAGUGUCACUUUAUUUAUUCUGAUCAUCCCUUGUCUAACAUUGUGAUUAACAAUGAUGUAAAAAUAUCAAAGGAAGUCCGAAGUUUCUCUUUUUAGGACAGCUCACAAUGUCUGACAAGGCCCAAGACUUUUGUCCACAAACACGAUCAUCAGGAUAAGUUUAUUUGAUUUUCAUCAACAGCAUUUUGAGUCACUUAACACAUUAGAGAUCUAAAUGAAGGCUGGUUUGUUUUGGUAUUUUUUUUUUACAGUGCUGUUCGCCUUCAAGGAGAAACUGACACGCUGUUUUGCGAUGUUUGGCUGCAUUUAUAUUCUCUAUGUGAAGUCCAUAUGCAACUCAUAAGUGCUGGAGUGAUUGAUGCAGUAGAAUAAAAAAUCAUUGUUAGAUUAUGCUGUUAUUGUAAAUAAUUUUUAAUAAACAUUGACUUAAGCAUG